UUUUCCCAUUCUCCAGGGAAAACAAAUAAACCGACCCAAUUUCCCCAUCUCCUAAUUUAAACAACUCACUUUCUCUCUCCUCCCCCAUUUCCCCAUCUCUGUGUCUCUCUUUCUCUCUCCUCCUUCAUCAAUGGCGCUCCUAGCUCGAGCCGCAUCAACCCGCACAACAACCACCCUUAAAACCCUCCCCCAUUUCUCUUCCGCCUUCCACACCACCCACCCUUCUCUCUCCUCCGCCUCAUCCACCACUCAACCCACCACCUACGCCAGAGCCCCACCUCCCGCCCUCCCCAAGGCGGCGGAGUACGUCAUCUCAAAGGUUGAUGACCUCAUGAACUGGGCCCGUCGUGGGUCCAUUUGGCCCAUGACUUUUGGGCUUGCUUGUUGUGCUGUUGAGAUGAUGCAUACUGGUGCUGCUCGUUACGAUCUGGAUCGCUUUGGGAUUAUCUUUAGGCCUAGUCCUCGUCAAUCUGAUUGUAUGAUUGUUGCUGGUACUCUUACUAAUAAGAUGGCUCCUGCUCUUCGCAAGGUUUAUGACCAGAUGCCUGAGCCAAGGUGGGUUAUAUCUAUGGGAAGCUGUGCAAAUGGAGGUGGAUACUACCACUAUUCAUAUGCUGUUGUCCGAGGUUGUGACCGGAUUGUUCCAGUGGAUAUCUAUGUCCCUGGAUGUCCACCAACAGCUGAGGCCUUGCUUUAUGGACUUUUGCAGCUACAGAAGAAGAUUAGCAGGCGCAAGGAUUUCCUUCAUUGGUGGACCAAGUGAACUCAUUCUGCGUCUAUUCCUUCGACGUGGCUACAAUAUGGCAAGAAAAUAAUGUGUAUUAUGAUGGAUUGUAAUAUGGUCAAGGGUCAUUUCAUGAUAUCUGAAGGAUGUCCCUUGAAAUUGCUCUGAACUGUGAAUCCUGGUUGUGGUUUAUUAUUGUAACUGAUGAGAGGAUUACUCGCUUUUAUAGUUCCUUCAGGUUUAACAGAUUUUCAAGUAAAAUUCUGAAUUAUUUUUGUUUUAUGGCUAAGUGAAGCUAUCUUUUGGUUUUGUACCGUGGGAACGAUGAAGAAAAACCUCAGCAUUCGAUCUCUUCAUUCUCUAAUAAAGGUUUUGUAGCUUUGUAUUGUAGUA